AUGGACACAAACCAGUUGCAAAUACCAUUGGCGCCAACUAGACAGUUCAGAUCCAAAUCUGUCGACGUCUCACUCUCUGGACUUUCACUAGAAGACGCUAAAAUCACUAUUGAUCUCAAAAAUAAUGAAAUUGUUAUCACUCCAACAGAAUCUAAUGACAUUGUUGAUGAAAUUGAAGCAUCUAAAUCUAGUUACAGUGAAAUCGAAGAGAAAUUAAAUAUCGGAGAUAAAAUUACCCAAGCCUUCGAAAAUUUUCAAGAUGGCUUACAAUUGUUAAGCGAAUAUAGAAAUACAGCGGAUAAAGAACAAACUGAAGAAUGUAAUACAAAAUUAACUAUCAGAGGUCCUGGGAGUUACAUUAAAAAGUUGAUCCAGCAGUUCAGUGAAGGACCUUUUGAGGGGGAAGACCCGAAACCAGAAAGUGAAAGAGCCAUGUCUACGCAGUCUAUCAAAGAUAAAGCCGAUGCAAUUUGUAAAAAAUGCUUACACUACAAAGGUAAAAUUACGAAAUAA